AUGGAAAUUGCACUCAAUUUUUUAAUGCGGCGUCUCGCAACUCAAUACCUAAGAGGGAGUGGCAUCUCGCGCGCGAGGUUUCGAUAUUCACAACAAUAUCCGACACGGCUUUUCCACGCAUCCCCCGUCGUGCAGAAGGUCGUCCCUUUUAUGCUGGCAGAUAUUGGCGAAGGCAUUACCCAAUGUCAGGUCGUACAGUGGUUUGUCGAACCGGGGAGUCAAGUGGAACAGUUUGAUCCCAUUUGUGAAGUGCAGUCGGACAAGGCCUCUGUUGAGAUCACCUCGAGGUUCGGCGGUGUCAUCAAAAGCCUCCACUAUGCCGUUGAUGAUAUGGCAAUUGUUGGAAAGGCUCUUGUCGAUAUCGAUGUAGACGAUGCGAUCUCUCUAGACGAUGCCGGCAGCAUCUCGCAGCAACCUGGCUCAGACAAAAGUGAGCAAUUGGCCAAGGACGACCUGACCUCAAUGGAAGAGUCACUCCAGAGGCAGGAUACAGAACAGUCACAGCAAGUGCACCCAGACACUAAAGAAAUACCUUCCGCGUCCCCGGAAGCAGCUUUAUCUACAUCUCGUAAAGGCGCCGCGAUUGCAACACCGGCGAUUCGGCACCUUCUAAGAAAGCUUCAGCUCGACAUUCACGAUAUUAUCGGCACUGGUAAAGACGGACGGGUGAAAAAAGAAGAUAUUGACGCAUAUAUAUCCUCAUUUGGUGCUUCCGAAGACAGCCAGAGGGCAGCGCAACCACCUCAUGCAACUAUGGACUCAUCCCAUGGAGAUAAAGUGGUGAACCUGACUAACACGGAAAAGCAAAUGUUUGCAGUAAUGACAGAGUCACUGUCAAUUCCACACUUCCUGUACAGUAACACCAUCGACACUACGAAUGUAGAGUACACCCGAAAAGCCAUCAUUGAUCAGAAGCACCUUUCACCACUCUUCAAGACCGGCGCCACGGCAUCAAGGAUUACUAUGCUGCCUUUUGUUUUGAAGGCAAUAUCUCAAGCCUUUAAUUCCUAUCCAAGACUGAAUGCUCAUCUCGACCUCAAAAAUAACCCAGCCAAGCCCCAGCUGACCAUGAAGGCCAGCCACAACUUUGGUAUCGCAGUCGACACCCCGCAAGGUCUGCUGGUCCCUGUCGUCAAGGAUGUUCAGAAUCAUUCGGUUCUGUCUCUAGCAGCGGAGAUUGGACGUCUCAACAGCCUGGCUCAAGUAGGAAAGCUGGCACCAACUGACUUCAAGGGUGCCACCUUUACAGUCAGUAAUAUUGGAAGCAUAGGGGGAGGAGUCGUAAGCCCGGUAAUUGUUGGUCCGCAAGUGGCCAUAGUUGGUUUGGGCCGAACGAGAUGGGUUCCAGGAUUUCACACAAACGCUGCUGGCGAGGAGAUAGUUGUCAAGAAGCCUGAGCUCACGUUAAACUGGAGCGCCGAUCACAGAAUUCUUGAUGGAGCAACGACUGCUAGGUGUGCUGAAUUUGUGAGAGCAUUCCUAGAAAACCCGGCUACACUGAGCCUGCUUUUGCGUUGA